GUUAGGGAAGGAACCAGAUCAUACUCCUGUCAGGACGCCCCCCCCUCCCCACCCCCUCCAAGAAACAUGAACCGGAAAGAUAUCAAAAGGAAGUCUCAUCAGGAAUGCUCUGGGAAGGCAGGAGGGCGUGGUCGGCCACGACCGGCCCGCCGCCACAAGACGUGCCCCACCCCCCGGGAAAUCAGCAAGGUCAUGGCUUCCAUGAAUCUGGGAGUGCUGAGCGAGAGCAGCUGCAGCGAAGAUGAGCUACUGGAGGAAUGCAUCCGGAGCUUUGAUUCAGCUGGCAGUCUACGCCGAGGGGACCACAUUCUCAAGAUGGUGCUUACCAUGCACAGCUGGGUGCUGCCAUCCUCAGAGCUUGCUGCCCGGCUGCUGACGUCGUAUCAGAAGGCUGCCAAAGAUGCCCAGGAGCUAAGACAGCUACAGAUCUGUUACCUGGUCAGAUACUGGCUGACCCAUCACCCUGAGGCAGUGCACCAGGAGCCCCAGCUGGAAACAGUCAUAAGCCAGUUUUGGGCCACUGUCGCUCAGGAGGGCAACAUGGCCCAGAGGAGCCUAGGAGAUGCCGCCAACCUGCUGAGUCCUGGAGGGCCCGGUCCCCCACCUCCCAUGAGUAGCCCAGGCCUGGGCAAGAAACGGAAAGUGUCCUUGCUGUUUGAUCACCUGGAGACAGAGGAGCUGGCACAACACCUUACUUACCUGGAGUUCCGGUCCUUCCAGGCCAUCACAGCCCUGCUGGAGCUGACAGAGCUCCUCUCUUCCCACAACAACUAUGCCUCCUAUCGCCGCACCUGGGCCAGCUCUACUGGCUUCCGACUGCCGGUAUUGGGUGUACACCUCAAGGACCUGGUAUCUCUGUAUGAGGCCCAUCCAGACAGAUUACCAGAUGGCCGCCUGCACCUUCCCAAGCUGAAUAGCCUGUAUCUACGGCUGCAGGAGCUGACAGCACUCCAGGGACAGCGUCCCCCCUGCAGUGCCCAUGAGGACCUGCUGCACCUGCUGACGCUUUCCCUGGAUCUCUUCUACACAGAAGACGAGAUCUACGAGCUGUCUUAUGCCCGGGAACCACGCUGUCCCAAGAGUCUGCCACCGUCUCCCUUCAAAGCGCCUGUGGUGGUGGAGUGGGCCCAUGGUGUGACCCCAAAGCCAGACAGUGUGACUCUGGGUCAGCAUGUGGAGCAGCUAGUGGAGUCUGUGUUCAAGAACUACGACCCAGAAGGCCAGGGCUCUAUCUCUCUGGAGGACUUUGAGCGGCUGUCGGGCAACUUCCCCUUUGCCUGCCAUGGGCUUCACCCACCGCCCCGCCAUGGGAGUGGCGCCUUCAGCAGAGAGGAAUUGACCAAGUACCUGCUCCAUGCCAGUGCCAUCUGCUCCAAGCUGGGCCUGGCCUUCCUGCACGCCUUCCAGGAGGUCACCUUCCGCAAGCCCACCUUCUGCCACAGCUGCAGCGGCUUCCUCUGGGGGGUCACCAAGCAAGGCUAUCGCUGUCAGGACUGUGGGCUGUGUUGUCACAGACACUGCAGGGAUCAAGUGAGAGUGGAGUGUAAAAAGAAGCCAGAGACUAAAGGUGACCCCGGCCCCCCAGGUGCACCUGUGCCAGCCACACCACUUCCUCCCGCCAGCUGUGGCUCAGAGGAAAGUCUCUCCCAUACACUGUCCCCAGAUCUGGAGUCUGGUUGCCACCUCCGCCAUGCUUGGACCCAGACGGAGUCCUCACCCUCUUCCUGGGGGCCAGAGAUGGUGCCCUGCCCAGCACCAGUUUUACCAUCCAAAGCUUCCUCAAAGCCCAGCAUCUGAACAGCAUCUGGAGUCUUUUCCCUUACUCCCCUAACCAAUGCCUCCUCCACCCCCACACUGCCUCUGACAAAGCACCCACCAUCUUUUCCCCCAGAAAAUGUUCUUUUGCACUGCACUGACUGCCAGUCAUGCUCCUUCCCCUCACUUAGCGUCUGCUGUUCUGUGUUGGAUGCAUUUGGACUCCAGUUGUGCCAGCUCCCCACUUCCCAGAGAAAGAAGACUGGAGCGCAGUAAGAUUAACCUUCAAGCCCACAGUGUGAGAGGCAAGACUCGCACCUGUUUUAAAACUGGAGCUCUGAACCAGUGGGCCAUGGGGUUGAGAGGCUGUGAGGGUGGAGGGGACAGGGUUCUAACCAGUGUCAGGAAAGGAGCUGGUGCAGGCAGUGUAUGUGAAACAUCUUCCUUCGCUUGGAGCCUCCCAUAGCUUGCUCAAGGUAAAACCUAAUCCUGUGGUUUACAAAGUUCUGCAAGGUCUGUCCCCGCCACCUGUCUUCCCUUCCCACUGCUCACCCUUACUCAUCCUCUUCUACCUACACUGGCCUCUAGACUCCUAGAGCAUGCUCCUAAAUAUUUCUACCCCAGGGCCUUUGCACUACCUGCUGCUCCGAUCACCUGCAAUGACUCUCCUGCUCUAGAGCUUUGCUCCAGAAACAUCCCCUUGGGGAGGCCUCUGGACGUCAAAACUUGUUCUGCCUCCUGUCCCCUUCUGCUUUAUUUCCCUCUGUGGUACUUUGCUCCUCUAACAAGCUAGACAUUCACCUAUUUAUCUUGUUAAAUGUCUGCCCCUCCUUGCCAGGAACAGCUCCCCAAAGGCAGAGAUGUUUAUCUGUGUUAUCUCUAGAUAGAGUACCUGGCAGAGUUGGUACCAGGGAGCACCUAUAAAGUGUUGGUCUGAUGCGUCAAUGUGUCUUUUCCCACACCCACAUAAAAAGCAAAAGGUUUGUCCGGACUUCGGGGUGGAAAUCCAUGACCCCUCUACAAAUCCAUACACCCCUGACCUGGUCCCUACAGAAACAAGAUCCUAUAACCAUCAAAAGAAUUAAAUUUAUUUUUCAGACAACA